AUGGCGAUUUUGAAACAAAGAGAUGAUGGUGAUAGUACCAUUUUCUUAACAAUCACUUCUACUUCUACUAUGAGUAAUAACAUUCCACAGCCGACUGAUAGUAGUGAAAACACUGUCCAAAUUGUAUCUUGGGUUCAACAGACAUCUUUGAGAACCCUUGUUACGUCUGCCCCUAUUACAAUUUAUUCAACAAUUUCACCUUCUACACAACCAAAAGCAACAACAGUUUAUGUUUCACAUAAUAACAGCAAUGAACCAACAGAUAGUUCAUUACCACCAAGUGUUGUUGAAUCAUCCUCCGAUGAACCUUCAUCAACCACAACUAGAAGAAUUGGAUCAAUGUCAGAUAUUCCAAGUCAUUCCACAUUUGGUGACAUCACUUCAGCGUCAUCAUCCAACAGAUCUACUCAAAUUGGAUUAGCUAUAGGUAUACCAAUAGCUAUCUUUGCUAUUUUUUUCAUUGCUUUGGGAAUUUGGUAUUAUAUUCGUUCACGUAAGAAUAAAAAUAAGAACCAACAAUUUAAUUUCAACGAUACUUAUUAUAAAUCAAGAACAAGCGAUGAAACAAUUACUCCCGAUAAACCUUAUCCUGUUGUAUUUUCACCUGGUGUUUAUUUGAAACAAGAAAGUAAUUCUCAAAUUGAAAAACCAGAAAGAAAAGAAAGUACUGUUAAAAGAUUAAGUAAAAUGUUUCCUGUAAGGAAUAAAGAUCAAGAACAAUCAUUUGAAAAACCACAAGAGUUCAAUUUUAAGAAACGAAUGAGUAUGAUGACACCAAUAUUCUUGAGAAAAUUCAACUUGGGAAAAAUUGAAGAGACACAAGAAGAUGAUAUUAAACCACAAGUAUUGACCAUUGAUUCUGAACAUAAGAAUCAAGUUCCAAAGGUAAAGAACAAAUUAAAUUUACCACCAACAAUUGUCCUUGAGGAAACUGGACUAGAUCCAGUAAGAGGUGGACUUAGUCCUCAACAAAGCAUGUAUACUGUUAUUCGAUCAUACAAUAAAAAUCUCAGUGAUGAAUUAAACAUUGAAGUUGGUGAUAAGGUUGUAAUCUUAGAGAAACAUUCUGAUGGUUGGUGUAAUGUAAAGAAAAUCCAUAUGGGUAAGGAAUACUAUACACAUCAAUCAUCUCAAACAACAGGUUUAGUACCAAGAAUGUGCUUACAAAAGAUUUAA